UUGGCUAAACGGCUUUCCUGAAUCAGCAGCCAAGCUGCAGCGGGACUCUGCGGAGAUGCAGCUGUCUUUGACUCAACCAAGUUCCUGGAUACUGCUCCUACUUUUGGUGACCAGCCUGUUAUUGUGGAAGAAUGUAGCAUCAGUGCCCAUGUGUGCAAUGAGGAAUACUCGUUGCUUUACAUUCUUUGAAGACACAUUUGAAUUAGCCGGCAGUUUGUCUCAUAACAUCAGUAUAGAAGUUUCAGAACUGUCCACUGAAAUUGAAAACCAUUAUGCUCAUGUGCCUGGGCUCAAAGACAAAAGCCUCAUGAGAUGCCACACUUCUUCCCUCCCUAAUCCAGAAAACAAGGAACAAGCUAAGCACACACAUUAUGAAGCUCUACUGAAAUCAGGGCACAUGUUUUUGGAAGCCUGGGAAAGCCCUCUGGAUCAUCUAGUGAAGGAAAUAUCUACCAUGAAAAAUGUUCCUGGUACUAUCCUCUCCAAAGCCAAAGACAUAAAGCUAAAGAUUGAAGCACUCCAGAAAGGGGUUAAUUCCCUCAUUAGCACCAUGCUUCAGAAUGCAGAUGAAGAAAGGAACUACCCUGCCUGGUCCAGACUGCCACUCUUGCAAUCCGACAGUGAAGAUGCUCGCAUUCGUUCUUUUUACAGCACGAUCAGUUGCCUAGACAAUGACUUUAAGAAGGUUGAUAUAUAUCUCAACGUCCUGAAGUGCUACUUGUUAAAACAAGAAAACUGCUGAUACUUCUUCCAUGUGAUGUGCUUCUGAAAUAUCAUGUAGCAUCCUUUAAAUUUUUAUCCUUUGAAUUUGUUGUUGUUGUCUCAUUUAAAAAUAAAAAGUAGCUCUCAGAAAU